ACCAGACGGGCGUGACGCCGAAGGACCUUUAGUUUACAUUUUUCACUCUUGUGCUGUCAAAGUGUUUGAACAAGUGCUGUUUGUGCUGUGGCCUCAGUGUAAAUAUAUGUUUUUUUAUAAGUGUAAUUACGUUCGUGAAGUCAGGUGAAAAGUAGCCAGCUAGCAUCACAGAGAAUGACAAUGGACUUAUCGGACGCUGAGAAUGAGCAGCUCGCUGCUGAUGGAGAGUCUGAGGGGAUUGUCAAGUCUUGUGUGGCCUUCACUGAGUCUGAGGAGGUCAAGACCCUCAUCUCAAGUUUGGCCGAAAGAGACCAGGUGCUCCGAGAGUCCGCCAAAGAACGGUUUUGGGUUAUCAUGAGCAGAUACCAGGACCAGCCUCAUCUUCUGGACUCGCACUUAGAAUGGAUGAUUAAUAUGCUCCUGGAAUACGUCAGAAGUGAUGAAACUCCACCUGAUCUGACUCAUCUUGCCUUCAAAUUCCUCUACACCAUCUGCAAGGUGAGAGGAUAUAAAACAUUCAUGCAGCUUCUUCCUCAUGAAGUCGCUGAUAUCCAACCAGUUUUGGAUCUACUGACAAAACAGGAUCCAAAAGACACUGAGACGUGGGAGACGCGCUACAUUCUGCUGCUUUGGUUGUCAACGACUUGUCUCAUACCGUUUGAUCUCUCACUCCUGGAUGGUGGUUUGGAGUCAGACAGUGGUAACUCCAAAGAGCCAAUCAUGGAACGCAUUCUAGCUCUUGCAAAGUUGUACCUGGGUGUUGUUGACAGUUCAGUUGACGCCGCAUCCGUGUUGAUAUCAAAGUUCAUGACACGCCCUGAUGUGAAACUGAAGCAUCUUUGUGACUUUGUGGACUGGAGUCUCGCCGCCAUAUCUGCGACAAGUGACCUGAUGGCUGGCACUCUGCAAGCUCUGGCCAAGAUGUUCAAACAUGGCAAAAGAGAAGACCUCCUCCCAUAUGCUCCUAAAGUUUUGCAGUGCCUGAAGGAGAAGAAUCUCUCUGAGAGCAGCGAAGCACGUUUGAGGAAGCUGGGGUCCAAACUCGUCCAGAGGCUUGGUAUGACAUUUCUGAAGCCACGAUUGGCAACAUGGAGGUACCAGCGAGGCAGCCGCUCACUUGCAGCAAACCUGUCUAUGUCCCAAGCUGCUCCAGUCAACGUGCCUGAAGUGGAUACUCACCAGCAGGAGGAAGACUAUGACAUUCCAGAAGAAGUGGAGACCGUCAUAGAGCACCUCCUUGUUGGACUGAAAGAUACACAGCUGGAUGUUCGUUGGUCUGCAGCUAAGGGAGUUGGGAGAGUCACUGGAAGACUUCCCAAAGAGUUAGCAGAUGACGUCGUCGGUUCUGUGCUGGAAUGCUUCAUCUUCCAGGAAGCAGACAACACACUUCAUGGCGGCUGCCUAGCGCUGGCUGAACUUGGACGGAGAGGGCUGCUGCUGCCGUCCAGACUCUCAGAUGUGGUGCCUCUCAUUAUCAAGUUCCUGACCUAUGAGGAGAAGAGAGGAGCUCGCAGCGUGGGCUCUAUAGUGCGGGACGCUGCAUGCUACGUGUGCUGGUCCUUCGCGAGAGCUUAUGAACCCAAGGAGCUUAAACCGUACGUCAAUGAUCUUGCAAGCGGUUUGCUGAUCACCACCGUGUUCGAUCAGGACAUCACCUGCCGCCGUGCCGCCUCGGCUGCUUUCCAGGAGAAUGUGGGCAGACAGGGCACCUUUCCUCAUGGGAUCGACAUCUUAACCGCAGCCGACUACUUUUCAGUCGGCAACAUCACCAAGUGUUAUGUCAACAUUUGCGUUUAUAUAGCAGGUUUUCCAGAGUAUACCAAAGCCAUGAUCGACCACCUGAUCACCCUCAAGGUCAACCACUGGAAUGAUAAAAUUCGGGAGCUGACCUCCAAGGCUCUCCAUAACCUGACACCAGCUGCUCCGGACUAUAUGGCAACAACAGUUUUGCCACUGCUGCUGCAAAUGGCUACGGGUAUUGACCUCCACGGUCGCCAUGGCGCCAUCUUGGCAUGUGCCGAAAUCACUCACGCUCUCGCCAAACUGGCGCAGGAGACCAACAGCACUGUGACCGACAUGAUUUCUCCCGACUGUUUGGAAAAACUGAAGAGCAUUCAUCAGACGCUUCAAGACAGAAAGCAAUACAGGGGUUUCAAUGGAGAGCUGAUGAGGCCAGCAGUGUGUGUCCUGAUAGAAAAGCUGUCUCUAUCCAAAAUGCCAUUUAAGGACGACGCAGUAAUAGUUGGUUGGCAGUGGCUCAUCGACGACACCAUCAAGACUCUUCAUCUUAUUUCCAGUCGCCUGCAGAAAAGUAUUAUGGUUGCGGUGGUAUCCGCCUUGACUGCCCUGUGUGAGGAGUUCUAUCAGAGCGAGCCGGGAGUGGCUGACGCGGAGAGACAGGAUCUCCUGGUAUCACAGUACAUCGAAGGCCUGAACAGUCCACAGCUUUUCACACGAUGUGGGUCUGCCCUCGCUCUCGGUGCUCUCCCCAAAUUCAUGAUCCAGAGCAAACUAAAGCAGGUCCUCACAGCACUUCAGCACAUGUGUGCCAUCACUCAGAGGGAAGGAACCUUCACCGAGGCGAGGAGAGAUGCAGUGGCAACCAUUGCACAAGUUUGUCUGAAAGCUGGUGUCGGCGCUGACACCUCACUGCCUGCCGAGAGUGUAUCCGAAGUGUACGACUGCCUCCUGAACUGCAUCAACGAUUACACAUCGGACAGGAGAGGAGAUGUCGGGAUCUGGGUGAGAGAAGCAGCCAUGAGCAGCCUCAUGGAAGUGACGAUGCUGGUGUGCAGAGACGAUCCCUGCAUCCUCGUGCCAGACCAGGUGUGUUCGAUGAUGAGCUGCUUGGCUCAGCAGGCGGCAGAGACCAACGACAACUCCAGAGUUCACGCCGGCAACAUCUUCCUGCACCUGCUGCACAGCACUGAGCCUGAAGUACCUCACAUUCCCCACAAGGAGGAGCUGCUCCAAAUUUUUACUGCGGAAGUCAAGGGCAGUCUGAACUGGAGGGCUUCAUCUGAAGUUUUCCCCUAUGUCACCAAGCUGCUGGCACUGCCGGGGUAUCAGUACCGAACACUCCUGGGCCUCACUGCGUCAGUGGGAGGAAUCUCUGAGUCCACAAUGCAAAAUUCAUCUCAGUCGUUGUUCGCCUUUCUGAGAGGAAUCCAGGACGAUGACAAGGCGAUGAUGAAGUUUGGAGAAACACUAUUAAGAAUCUUCAGGGAAAAUCUCUGCAACCUCAGACUGGCCAUUCCCUUCUUGAAGAUGCUGCAUCAGCUGCUGGAGAACAGCUGCUUUGAAACCUUCAGCUCACAAGAGGACCACCCCUUCAUACAGGAGCUUUUUGCGCUCUGCAUCAAGAUAAAGAAGUCCAAAUCCUUGCCGGCCAAAAUCCCCGCCUUGAUAGACGUCUUCUGUGGACUGUUUCAGUUUGAAGGUGAAGUGAGGAAACAUGUUCUGGACCAACUGCUGCUGCUGCUCUGCCACCCCACGCUGAUGAUAAGAAAGACCACAGCCAGCAAGAUGUAUGAGAUGGUGCUGUCCUACAGUGAUGUCAUCGAUCCUGAGGUUCUGGACGAUACAAUGACCCUGCUGGGAGAUACAAACUGGGAAAACGAGCCGGCAGAUCUUUUACCGGUCAGGAAUCAACUGCGCGACUUGCUCCGAGUCUCCAAACCCUAGAUGGUUUCCAAGACGCAGGUUUACAUGUCUGACAGCUGCAACACCCCCUCGGGUCUGGACACCCACAUUUCUCACCGAACAUCACAUGAAAUAAAGGUGUCAACAAUCG